ACACGGGAGGAUUGGGAGGAGCUGCACGAGGAUAUAGUCCGGUUGGAUCAGCGGGAGGGUGGGGAUGGCGAUUCGGGGCCGGAUUCGGACUUGGAUAUGAACUUUUCCAGCGUUCGGAUUGACAACUUGGAGCUGGACGAUGAUAACGAGUCGGAGGCGAGGUUGCAGCUGGAUCCGAGCGUGUGGACGAUGCCGAGCAAGCCGGAGAGGCCGCGGCCGCAGUUGCCACAUCCGGCGAUGCAGCAGCACCAUCCGCAGAGUUCGUUGAUGGCGGCGAUGCAGCACCAGCAGCACCAUCAGAGGAUAGGCGGGGGACCAGGUGGCCCCUUUGUCGGUCUUCCGCCCAACUUCCCGCUGCCGAAUCCGGCUCAGAUGCGGAUCUGUUCGGUGGAGGAGAUCGAGCAGAACAUGAUCAAGCAGCAGGCGCAGCACUCGAUGCCGCCGGAGGUUCCCCAGCAGCUGCCGCAUUUUCAUCAUCCGGGCAUGGGACUGCCUCGUCCGCCGCCCGGAUUUCCCGGAAUGAUGAAUCACCAGCCGCCGUUGACGAUUCCGGUGAACUUUCCGCCGCCGUUGAACAUGGUUCCCCCGUUGCCACCGUUGCACCUGCUCCAGACGAACGUUCCACCGCCGUUUCCGAUGAAUGUGCCGCCGCCGAAUUUCCCCGGAGGUGAGAGCCACGCGAAUUUCAACCAACGGCUGGUUCAGGAGAUUCAGCAAAACCAUCCGAUGCUGAACCAGCACCGUCAACACCAGCAACAGGGUCAGAAUCGCUACCAGCAGCAGCACAAUAAUCGGCAGAAUUACAACCAGAACCAGCAGCAGAUGCAGCAUCACCGUGGCAAGCUGAACCGGUCGGGCGAGUACGACGAGUACGCGAACCUGAUGAGCGAACGGGACAAGCAGUGGCUGCUGGCCUUUGUACUUAACGCCCAAUACCCACCUGAUGCCAAACCCAUGUGGACGUUCAUCCCUAAGCAUGCGUAUGGCCUGGUUUUUGACAACGAUACAAAAUACGCCUGCGUUGUAAGCCUCCUUGCAUAUUUAUCUAAACCUUCCGCUAAGUAAUUUCUACCGUAUUGUAUUUAUUGUGAAGAUUGUGAAUU